AUGUCAGUCGGUGAAGAUUCGUACCAAAAGCGUUUAGAAAGUAAAUACCAAGAUUCAUUUCGUCAAAUUCCAGCCGAAUCUGCCAAAUUUACUUCGCCUCCAUCUCAGUCUUUAACAGCCACGCAGUCACAGUGCGUUCAAUCUCCAGAGCGGCAAGGAAUACCAAUUAAUUUCCAGAGUCAUAACAGCAUUCAUCACCCUCGUUAUACUUGUCAUCCCAAUUCCGGAGGCAUUUUUUCUGUUAGUGAGAACGACUCGGCUGUUCAACUCUCUGCAGACCAUUGCAACCCUAAUCCCCUUAAUGAUCUUGAUUUCCAACUCAUGAAUAUCGAUCAGAAUAUGUCACCUUCUUCUGGUAUCACAUCACCAAUGGAUCUGGGUUUUACAAACAUUGGCGAUGAACAGAGUAUUGACAAUAUUGACCUCAAUAAUAUUACCCCCUCUAUUAAACUCGCCUCAUCUCUCACCCUCCUGGGUCCUAGUGAUUAUUCAUCAGGCAGCGGUGGGGGAAACAACAAUUCUCGUCAACAGCAAGCAACUAGCGGCAGUAGUGGAAGAGGAGGAGGAGGUGGAUAUAAUGAGAACGAGAUGCCAUCAUCCUCUUGUCCCGCGGAGAACAGUGGUGCAUCGUACCCCACCGCUUCGUCUGGGAGAGUACCUUUUGAGAGUCCCACUAGCGCCCUCAGCAUCCCCAGACCGGCCAACCCAGGUGGAGGCAGCGGUGGUGGAAAUGCCUCUGGAGGAAGUGGAGCAAGCAGUGUCACUGGCACCUGGGGUGGUGGUGGGGGGAGCUCUCUGGCCAGUCUCUCCGGCGCUCCCAACAUCUCCGUCAUGCAGGGCAGCAAUCCCGCCGCUUCUGCUGUGGCAGCGAUCGCUGGUGCCGACAACCAACGUGUUGCUAUGAUGCGAGCUCGUUCCAAGAAGGAUAGCCACAAUAGAAACCAGGGUGUGGUGUAA